AAAAAAAAAAAAAACCAACAAAAAAGCGUUUGUGGGCUGCGAUCUUUGAGGACGAUAAAAGCGCAUUAUUCCCUUUAUCAACAACAUCUUUUUUCCCUCUAUACCCUCUCGAUUGUCGACCUAAAAGUUUUUAAUUUGCCGAUUUACUCAUUCAAUCAGCUGAAUGACAGUUUUUGAAAUACAGGUGGAUCCAGAACGGAAUGCUGUUAUUCGUCGUGCUUUAGCGAAGAGAAUUGUCCACCAACGUGAGUUGGAGGAAGAAGAAGCCUCGACAGAAGAAGAUGAAUCAUUCUUGAGCAACUCAAUUAUGAUAGCAAGGAAAGGAGAAGGAAAGCCCACGAAAAAGGAUCAACAACACCAACAUCAUCACCAUCAUCACCACUACCAUAUUCAACAUAAAGACCAUGAACACCAGCGUGCUACAUCUGCAGAAACUGGUAGUCCAGGACUAAUUGGAGGACGUAUGAAUGUUAAAGGUCGAUGGAAGAGCGAUUAUUUACAGGCUACAAGUUCAUCGCCUUCGGGCUCAUUCAUCAGUACUAUCUCCGAGAUCUUGCCCGAACUCUUGCCCGAAAUAUUACCGAACACAAUGCUGAAAAAUGGAGAUAAACAAAGGACAAGCAAGCUGUCUACAGAUAACACUCUAUCCGAUACGAUGACAAGCACCAGUCCAGGCACUGAUGCUGCAGACACAAGCCCACCAGAGGCUAUGUGUAUUGAUAAUGCGGAAGCAAAUACGUUGACAACCCUAAUAGAAACCACAUCAUUAUUAGAGGCCAAAGAUGAUGCCAUUUCUUGUUCUUCAGUCUUGCCAGCAAAUAAGGAUAGUAAAGAUAAUGAGCUGGACAGUGUAGAACAGGACAUUUUGUCAAAGCUCGAAGAUUUGAAGAAGGAAAAGAGUCGCCUAUUUUCGAUGUUUAGAAUCGCUUUGCAAAAAAAGGACGAUAAGAACUUAGGACUAUCAUCACCUCCGAUAUCUUUAGCUCCACUUGUUCCAGAAGAGGCAACAAUAACAACAGCAAUAUCUGUAUCCGCGCCACUUCCAACAGUAAUAGAGGGUGCAAGAUCAGUCACGGGAGUAAAGCGGUCCAAAGAAGCGAAUGGUGGCACUGCUUCUACUGUAGAUACUAAGACUGAACAUGAGACGAAGAGACACGGAGACUCCCGAAAAUCCUCGGAUCAAGAGCAUCAUGACAAGAAGGUGGAGUCACCGCGGCCUAAUUACAAAAGACGAGAGCAUGAGCGUGUGAUUGAUCGUUCAAAACUCAACCUCGAAAUCCCAAGAAAACCUAGUCUCUCGUCUACAUCGUCAAAUUCAACGGUCUCAACGCCAACACUGACCAAUGCUGCCUUCUCACUUCAUCAUUCCCACCAGCAGCCACCAUCAGCCUCAUCAACAUCUUCCAGUUCGUCUUUUGUACACAAAGGGAAGAGACAUCGUAGUAAUUCUCCUUCUAUUUCUGAGGUGUCGACAGCAAGUCGUGGAGGAGGAGGCAGAUUAGGUGCAGGUUCUUACGGACUCUCUGGGUUUUAUCAAGACUCCGUAUCUUCAUCCAAUAAAUAUCCGCGGGCGGAUUACAUAGGAUCGCACAGUCGGAAUUUUAGCAAUGGCAACAGUGGCGGUAGCAAUGGGUAUAGUAAUCUACCAGAGAAACCUCACACCAGACACCAUCAUCACCUGCCUUCGUCAUCUUCAUCAGGCCCACGAGGAAUUGGGGGAGAUGGAUAUCAUGGUGAUGAUGGAUAUUAUAGAGGAAAAGGUAGUGGUGGGAGUCUAUUUUCGUCUAUGGCCAGUAGCGGAGGCGGUCCCUAUCGGCACAAUGGGCCUCUCGGUUAUCAGCCUCCUCCUACAAGAAUUGGAUUCAGUAGUGGUGGCAGCGGUGGCAACAACGGUCCUGGCAGUAGUAAUGGUGGUCGCAGUAGUUAUCAUGGAGGCAGUGGCGAUGGGAUGCCAUUCUCUAAGCUUGCCCCACCUUCUGGCCGCUCGACACCUUUCAACAGAAGUAUGAUGUCAAUGCCACAUCCUAGAGGCAUGAUCCCAGGAGGUCGGACUGCGGGAUUCAACCAUGGUGGUGGGGGUGGUGACAUCAGAAAUGGAGGACCAUCGGAUAGGCCUAUGUCAUCGGGAAGGUCCGGGGAUUGGUCUCGUCGGAGGAGCCGUGUCUAACAUGUUUGAAUAUCAAAGAGUACAGGAAUAAUUUCUUGAUAGCAGUUCCUUCUUUCUUCUUUUAUUUUAUCUUUUAUUUAAUGACAGCACUACCCAUUCCCUUUGUAAAUACUAUCUUCCCCAUUUCAUACACUUAAGUCAUAUUAUCUAAUUUCACAUUCAGGACAAACUAUCUAAUGAACCUAUC